AUGGCGCUUCCUAGCCUGGUUUUCUUCCUCUGUUCACUUUUUGCAGCGUUCGUCGAAGCCGUAAAUCGUUUCCGCCGGCCACCUGGCCCAGGUCUUGCCUCGGAUUACCGAGACAACAAUGUUUACACCACAGGAGAUAACCUGGACCUCCACUGGGACAUGGAUUACGACUCCGCCAGGUUAAUUCUAUGGCAACAGUUAACAGUAGACGGCGCGUCGAUGGACUACAUUGACAUAGCAAGCAAAGAACCGGCAAAUUGGGCCGUGACGUGUCACUAUUUCAACAUCACCGAGGCCCCAGCAGCGCCCCAGCCAGGCAACACCACCGUAGCCCUGCCACCGCCGACAUCAGAAGACAAAGGAUUACCGGCGGGAGCAGCCGCAGGCAUUGCCGUUGGAGUGACCUUUGCCGCGGUAUUUGGCAUCGGCGCGAUCGCAUGGCUUUUAUGGCGUCGACAGCGGGCCAGGAGAGCUCCGACCUUGGCUGACAAUGAUAUAAAAGCCAGCCGUGACGGGAGCCAGGGCCAAGGGUAUCAGUAUGCUUUGUCUACCCAAUGGCAGCCGGAAUUGCCGGCAGAAGGGCAUGGCUUGUAUGAAAUCCAUGCCACCAGCAUGGACGUCAGAUACGAGAUGUCCUCCAAUCAAGGCCAGGCAGGGGUCAGAGGCGACAGCCUAAGAUUACUUUCAGACACGCGCUGA